CCCGCCUAUGUCGCAAGUCAGUCCGUGUUGGGCUCAAAAGUCACCGGAGGUGAUACAGGGGUGGGAAAGUAGGGAAAGUGGGACAGCAGAGAGGGCGUGUGGUGUCGUGCACGCGCCUCGGCCUCGGGGAUUUCUCGCGUUCGAUGUCUUGACAACGCGAAGUUUAUCGGGUGGCCCCAUCGUGCGGUAGCAGCGGCACGCGCUUGGAGUGUGCCAGUAUCUUAGGAAAACCUCAGUCAGUGCCAGAUCUGGGCAGCGGGGUUGAGGAAAUGGCAUUUGAGACAGCCGCUGGCGGCGGUGACGCCUGAUCAAGAAUAAAGCAGGAUCUAUAGCGGCUGAAAAUGGUGAAUUCAAGUGUUUUCUCGUCAUGGCAAACGGAACCGGCAGCAUCAUGUUGAAAUGCGUGGUGGUCGGCGACGGCGCCGUGGGAAAAACUUGUCUGUUGAUGAGCUAUGCCAACGACGCCUUUCCUGAGGAGUAUGUGCCUACGGUCUUUGAUCAUUAUGCAGUGAGUGUGACGGUUGGAGGAAAACAAUACCUGCUGGGGCUGUAUGACACUGCGGGUCAGGAAGAUUAUGAUCGCCUACGACCCCUGUCCUACCCCAUGACGGAUGUCUUCCUCAUUUGCUUCUCGGUGGUGAAUCCGGCCAGCUUCCAGAAUGUAAGAGAGGAGUGGGUGCCUGAACUUCAGGAGUAUGCACCCAACGUCCCUUACCUGCUCAUUGGCACUCAGAUUGACCUGCGGGAUGAUCCGAAGACUAUUGCCAAGCUGAACGAUGUGAAAGAAAAGCCGAUUGUGACAGAACAAGGCCAAAAGCUAGCAAAGGAGAUUGGUGCCUGCUGUUAUGUCGAAUGCUCGGCACUGACGCAAAAAGGUUUGAAGACGGUGUUCGACGAGGCCAUUAUAGCCAUUCUGGCCCCAAAGAAAGGAGCACUCAAGCGAAGACUUGGCCCACGUUGCAUCAACUGUUGCCUGAUCACAUGAGGAGGACUGAGAAGAGAAUAAGGACUCAAAACAGUUAUUGGUGAUGCCUGACUGGACAACCUGACUGGAAGCAAUGAAAAAAAACCUAUUAAUAGAGAUUCCUAGUCGAAGUUAUGAAAAGAACACCUUUCAAAAACAAUGUGUUCUUCAGGGACAUUUAACACAAGAACACUAAACAUCAAGAUGGCUUACACAUCGAAAAUGGUUAAAGAUUGUAAUUUAUUAAAUUCACAAGCACAGAGAAUAGAAAAUGAAAGAAAUCCGGUAGAGGAAGACGUUUGAGAGUCUUUCAUGAUGACUGAAAACAAUCUGCUUUUCAUGUCUGGCUCUGUAAGCACAAGUUUACUUUGAGGGUUGAAACCCAGACAGCCUCAACAGCACAACCAAACCCAUGUGUCAUUUACAGAAGUGAGACUUUAUUUAACUUCAAAAAGGGAAAUAUCGUGUCUCUAUUUGAGUUGCAAAAUUUACAUUUUAUAAAAGCUUACUGUCGGUAAUCACUAUCAUUUCUGAAAUAAAGAGGAAUCAUGAAGUCCA